AUGGAUGACUACGUCGAGGCCAUGUCAAAUGGCGGCACAGGCCAGAAGCUUACCUAUGCCACUACGGUGGUAUCUGGCGUCGCGUCCCUAGCAGCGACAAUACUGUCUAUCGUCUCGAUACUGUUGCAAGCCAAGAACUACCGAAAGCCCCUCCUGCAAAGAUAUGUCGUCCGAAUCCUUCUUAUGGUGCCCAUAUACUCGAUCGCAUCAUGGACCAGCAUGAUAUCCUUGAAAGCUGCCGCUUUCCUUGAUCCAAUCCGCGAUAUCUACGAAGCCUUUACAAUCUACACGUUCUUCCAGCUGCUCAUCAACUAUCUUGGUGGAGAGCGGUCCCUGAUUAUCAUGACGCAUGGCCGAGCUCCUGUUCACCACCUCUGGCCGCUCAACCACGUCCUACCGAAGGUCGAUAUCUCAGAUCCUUAUACCUUCUUGUCAAUCAAGCGAGGUAUCCUUCAAUAUGCCUGGCUGAAGCCCAUCCUUGCCCUUGCUGCUGUCAUCAUGAAAGCGACAGGAACAUAUCAAGAAGGUUAUAUCGGACUCACCUCUGGCUACCUUUGGAGCGGCAUCAUAUACAAUAUUAGUGUCACUGUCAGCUUGUAUUCUCUCGGUCUUUUCUGGGUUUGCAUGAACCGAGACCUACAACCCUUCAGACCAGUGCCCAAAUUUCUGUGUAUCAAGCUCAUCAUCUUUGCUUCGUACUGGCAAGGAUUUUUCCUAUCCAUCUUGGUUUGGAUAGGUGCGAUACCAGACAAUGUGCAGGGAUACACGCCAGACAACCUCGCAGCUGCGAUCCAGGAUGCUCUUAUCUGUAUUGAGAUGCCCAUCUUUGCCGUGGCACACUGGUAUGCCUUCUCAUGGCAUGAUUUUGCCGAUAACAGCAUCCUGUCCGCGCGGAUGCCUCUCAACCAUGCCUUCAAAGACGCGUUUGGCGUACGAGAUUUGAUCGAGGACUCGAAAAUCACUUUUCGGGGAGAUACUUAUGGUUACCGAGUGUUCGAUUCUGGCGACAAAGUGAUGGCCCACGAAGAUUCCAAGUCACGUCUGGCCAGGCUCAAGGAAGGCAUGCGAUACGAACGUGGUGGAAAAGGAAAGUAUUGGAUUCCCAAGCCUGGCGAGAUUAACACAACAACUCCUCUGCUUGGAUCAAAUGGGGAGGCAAGCCAUAAUCGCCCGGACCUGAUCAACGAAAACACGCAUGGCACAUUUGAAGAACCCGAGCUGGAUGCUGACGAGGAUCGCCUGUAUGCACAGGCGCGGCAGCUUGAAUAUGGCGAUUGGAACUACCCUGUCAUUACAGCCAGCGAACCCCUGAGGGAUCGGUACCGUUCUCCUGGAAGCUUUGGAACAAGGUCUCCUGCUUACCACAGCCCAUCUGUAAGGUCGCCAGCACCGGAAACGGCCUCAUCUACCAACAAGGGCAAGCAGAGGAGCAGAGACUCUCCCCCUACGCCUCAGCCCGAGCCUGUUCCCGAACCUGUGGUUCCAAUCAAGAAGAAGAAGAAGUCCAAGAAGGUCGUCAAGCACGCAGAACCGGACCCAGCCAAGCUUGGCCUGGGCAAGGGUCCUCCGGCGCCCGCGGAAGCCAGCCACGCCCGGACUUAUGACGGAGGUGACAGCCCUGUCAACGAAGAAUCGACAGAAUGGAGUGGAACUCAGAACCAGACGCAGCCCCACGGCUUCAUGUCAAAUUAUCAAUCAAACUAUCGGAUAGACGACGACGACGAGUUCCGUAAUGUGUGGGGGAGGGAUGAGGAAUCUAGGUAA